AUGGGUACUGGAGCUAGUACAGCAUCAACGCGGCAAUGGACUGCCGCAGAUGAGGACAAUUCGACCGUUGUUCUUCAAGACGUGAGACCGCGUACUGCAGCGAACGAAAACCUCCCGCCUUCGAACGAUAUGACGGGCUUGACAAAAUUAGUGGAAGCUAAAAACAAAUUUAUGAAAAGUAGAGAGAAAAACACGGCUUGCUUCCAAAAACAGGUGAGUAAUUUUUACUUACAACUGCGAGAACUGAUGAUCGUAUAGGCGAAUCUACGCUCGUCACUGACCCGGUCGACACUGAUCGCAUGGGUGAUGAGUGAACUUUUUUCUCUUUGAUUUUAUCGUUGGACUGGACUGUAAGACUCAACUUGUAACUGGGAUAUUCGCUGAGUAAUAAUAAUCACUGUAGCCUAUAAAAUUCACUGUACAGCGUUACCGAUCUUUGACGCAAAAGUUCUUUUGAUAGACCAGAUCGAAAAGUCGAAAAGUUUUAGUGACUUCUUGUAAACGUUGACUCACAUGUUAGAUGUUAUGCGCCCCAGGGUUGGGAGGGGGGGCAUACCCAGGUGGAUUUGAUAUUUUAGGCCAUUUUUAUGUCAAAUACCCCUUCCCUGGAGGUACAUUUUGUUUGAUUUAAAAUGAUACAAAUUUUACAAUGUAUAUUUCCUUAUCACUCCCCCAGUCUUUCUUUUCCGCCUAGUUAUGUCCCACGCUUUGCACAGAGGCAUUUCUCCCAAAAUCAAGCACCUCUUAAAGCUGUUUAGGCCUACAUGGACUAAUAUUGAACAGUGAAUGGGCAAUGAGCAUAUGUUGACAUGAAGCAAUUUCCUGAAACAGCAAUCGGGGUAAUAGGGAGCUUAAGCAAAGAUGUUUUUGAGCAAUGCACGUCAACCGGAAGUGAGGCCUUCUCACUAUAUACAUGCCUUGACGCCAACAAAUUUGUAUUGCUAAGUUUCUUUUCUCUUAUAAAGACGAUUUACUGUACUGAACUUGUGGGGUGCACUCUAAACUCACGAACUCACAAAUUGUACUCGACAAAUCAUUGUUUUUAUUCUCCUCGUGGUUUUCCAACGCGUCUCUAAUAUUUGUUCUAUCUCUCACACACGCAAACCUAUUGUCCUAUCUCAAACGUCUCCGGUUGCAAAACUCGUGAUCCUAGCCUAAACGUGCUUACGCAACUUCCGUUCAUUACCCAAGAGUCUCAAACCAAACUUAACUGCCCAAUCAGUGGCGGAUCCAGGGGAGGGGAUUGGGGAGCCCAGGUCCCCCCCUUAUUUUUAGAUGAAAAUGAGGUCCGAAGGGCCGAAAAAAAUUUUUUUGGGAGACCGUCCCCUCCCUUAUCUCAGGGUCUGGAUGACUGCCCCCCUUAUCUGAAGGUCUGGAUCUGCCACUGCCAAUGAUGCAAAAAGUCCACUUCCGGUUGACCUCCGUCGCUUAAAAACGCCGUUGCUUAAGCUCCCUAAUGUUUUCAGGAUGGCAAGCUGCGACUUGGUUUCAGGCUUGUGAGAUCUUGUCAAACACCCCCACCCUCAGGAUCUUGUGUUACGGCCAAUCUUUUAUUAUUCCCCACCCAUGGGAAAGGAAAUACAGUCAAAUGCCGAGGGUAUGCCUUGCCCCUCUACCCUGGGGCUUAACAUUGACUGGUGCAUUAGUGUGGGUAAGAUUUAAUAGAGCCGAAAGCACUUACAUGUACUGUAUGGAAUUGCACACACUUUAGGCAUCCUGCAAAUGUAGGUACUUGUUAAACAGUUUCGACUUUUAGAUAUUUCAAGCAACAGCAAUUUGCCAUCUGUCCUCUUUGAAUACGUGUUAAAAGCUGUUAUGACUUGUUGUGAUGGUAAAAGGACUGAGUGGAGUCCGAUUGGUUCUGUUAUCAUACAGGGUGCAAAGAAAAUCAUUUUUACAGCUUGCCCUUUGGGCAAGCUGAAGCUAGCAUUUACUAGCCCAGACGUCAUUUCAACUAGCCCCAAAAACGUUUUGUUCUUCUGUUAUUCAAAUUCCUCAUAAAACAUCACUUGCCCGUCGGGCAAAUUAAAAACAGAAUUCACUAGCCCGCUAGCAAAAUCCACUAGCCCCGGGCUAUCGGACAGUACUUUCUUUGCACGCUGUCAUACUAGUGAUUAAGCGAAAUUACACAUCCAUCUCUCGUGGGAGUCCGACUUGCUUGAUCACUGUACCUCAUAUCUGACAAUUUUUAUCAGGAGGGGGUACUUUCCAUUCAGUUAAUUAAUAUCCACAGUCUGUUGUGGCUCAGUCUAUCUGUAAUGGUGGGUUGUUGGUCCGUUUGGAAUGUGCACAAGCUUAUUAGUACCAAAUGAGAACAUCUCUAGAAGUACAUAAUAAAAUUAUAAUGUUGUGCCUCAGUUGCAUAUAACGUUUUGCAUAAUGAAGUCACAAAUUUCUGUUUCCUAUCGUGACUCAGGCAUUGAAUCCAUACAAGAGUUUUGUAUGGGAGAGUCACAUUCACCAGCAAAUUUACUUCAUCUUAGCAGAUUUUUCUUGUCAAAAGUGAAAAAAAAAGUGAAAUGUAUUACACUACUACAGCAUAUACAUGAAAAGUACUGUAUGGUACUUGUACCUGGCCGCACAAUCAGACAUAACAAACUUAUCCAAUUCAGUUUGUGCUUAUGGUGGUGUGCUUUACAGCUUAGAAAUUCUGCUGCAGGCUUGUACUGUACAUGUGAGAAGCACAUACAAAUUUGAUUUUCUCUCUAGCAAUUUAUGUUUUGGAGUAUUACACAGUCAGAAAUGUCAUGUCAUGUCUCAGUGCUAUCUGACUUACACAUGUAGACAGAGCUACGGAUCUGAUUUCAGUAGCCUUUCUUAACCAGGUCACUUUUUUUUCUGAUAUUAACCUCUAAUUUUAGUUGCUUGGUUCAGGGUUUGCUCCCUAUAGCAGUAAUGCCUUUUAUAAUAUAUUAGAAUAAAGCUCAAAAUAAACAUUUUACAUGUAAAAAUGCUCAUUGUGAAUUUUUUAAACAAUUUUCAUGUGGGAAAUGCAUGCUGCUCAUACAAAGCCUUUGAGUAGAAAUAAAAUGUGAAGUUUGUCUGAGUCAUGCGGGGGGUCCAAUGUCACAAAACCUAGUUUUAGUAAUGGUGCAAAGCGCUAUUUAAACUCAUGACGUCCAAAUUAGAUCUGUCAUAGGCCAUUUCUGAGUUGUCCAGUGCCUCUGUUUCAAAGUGAAGCCAAGAGCGAAGCUUUUGAUAUAAAAAUGAUUCUAAUGCUCAUUUAAAUAAAACUCAUAUUCACGAGAAAGGUUUGGUACUUGGGCCCGUUUUGAAGGUGGGGGUCAUUAGAACUCAGAACUGGCCUAUUGUUCUACCUACUGAGGUUGCCAUUAUUGUCAUGGGUACAUGUAUAUACAGUACCGCUCAAAAGUAAAUUACCACCCUUUCACAAGACGCGAAUCGUGUCGCGUGCUACGCGAUUCCUGUUGCACGCUUCGUGAUUCCUGUAGCGCGGGAUGCGAUUUUCGUAGUGCGCGAUGGCCUAAAAACUGUAAGUAAAUUUGUAUCAUGGCCAAAAUUCUUGAGUGAUUUAACGAAUCAAUGGUAAAGCUUUACCGUGACUGACACACGAACCAAUUUUUACGUCUGCGACCUGAAGACACGCCGGUAGACUGUCGCGUAUAAUUUGCUUUGUGAAGGAUCAGUAUUUCCUUAUUGAUGUAAAACAUACUUUUAAUAAAGUUGCUUUAUGUCUACUGCACCACAUUGAAGAAAUGUGGAAAGUUCCAUUUAUCAUGUUGUUAUUUUUGUUUUGCUUUUGCUAAGCUUGAUGGCACUGACAUAAUCAAGGAGCUUUACAAACGCAUGGACCCAACAGUAACCCAGCCUGACUGUGGAGAUAUCAAAGGUGAUGUACAGCUGUCACUCAAGUACAACCACAGACAACAGUUGUUGCUUGUUAAAGUGAUUCGAGCCAGAGAUUUGGUACCCAGGGAUCUGAAUGGCAAGUCAGACCCUUAUGUCGUCUUGGACCUUGUUCCAGACUUGUAAGUAUUUCUUAGAAAACAAUUUACAGAGUUUUAGUGCUUAUGAAGGAGUGGAUUAUUGAAGGGCUAGGGUACAUGUAAAACCAGCCCGAGUGACAUUUUUAUGUGCCAUUAAAUUCAAUGUAAAAACAUUGGCAAGUAUUUUUGCCAAGUAUUUCUGCAUCGUCAUCGUUAUGUGUGUAUCAGCUCAAACAUCCGCAUAUUUUAAGGGCAACAAAUUUAGUUGGCAUGGUACAGCUGUAACUUUCCCUGGCAAAUACAGGACAGGAAAAAACCCAAGUCCUAUUGCCCAUGGCAAGUAAAUUUUGAUCUUGGACAAGUAAAAAUAGAAGUUUGGUGGUCUGUUGGGCACUUGAAAUUAGCCUCAGUGGUCCCGUCAGUCUGUCUGAAAGUGUCAGCUUGGAAAGGAUAAUUUCCAGACAGAAACCAAUAUUCAAAACUGAAGACUGCAACAUGAGUGACACAAUUAUUAUUCGCUGAAAGCAUGAAUCUAUAUAAAAUCCAGGUGCACAUUUGCUCCCUUGUGUUACUCCUCCAGUCCAACAGUUACUCUUAUCUGGCGCAGCAUUUAGUUCCAGCAAUCUUAUCCACGUUGCUAUAAACUAUACAUUUAACUUAUUAUAGACAGUACAUGUACCUUAGAACUUUAGAUAAUAAGGCAUUGUGUUCCUGUUGGGCAAGUAAUUUUUAAGUAGGGGCAAGUGAAAACUGAAAUUUACUUGCUCACUGGCAAAGUGGAUUUCAAAUUUUUUUCCUGACCUGAAAUACAUGAAAAUUAGCCCAUUAUGAGCCAAAUCUUUGCAGUAAAGUGCAUGUAAUUGCAAACUAUGCAGGGGCGGAUCUAGGGGGAGGGUGUAGGGGGUGCGCACCCCCCCCCCCCGAGAUGACCUGCGGUUUUUUAAUACAACUGGUAUUCUGCAAAAAAAAAAGAAAACUAUGUGGUUUAUUGGUGUCGAAGUAGAGCAAGAGACGAGUGCACCCCCUCCUAAAAAAAUCCUGGAUCCGCCCCUGCUAUGGUUUCAAAAAUCAAAAAAUUUAGGCCCCACUUUAUAUUAUAGUAAAUUUACAAUUUAUUCCUGUUCCCAUUUAAUUCUUUCAAGAUAAAAAUGCGCUCUAUAAGAAUUCAAUAUUAAUAUGGAGAUAAUGAAAUACUACCUUUAUUUCUUUAAUAUUUUUUUGUGCUCAGGAAAGGGGAAGGAAGGAAAAAGACUGCAUACAAGGCCAAGACACUCAACCCUGUAUUCAAUGAGAUCUUCUCUUUCCAACUGGAGCAGUCUCGCAUAGCAGAGACAAAGCUUCGAGUGGCUGUCUGGGAUCAUGAUUUCUUUGGUGAGGAUGAUUUUAAUGGCGAAGGUGUGGUUGAUCUUUCAAAGAUUAAUCUCAAUACAGGCACCCAUACAGACUGGUUCAUCCUUCAGCUUGAGGUAAUUUUAAAAAAUAAUAAUUAAUUAAUUAAUAAAAAAGGAAAUGAGUGGGCCAGGGGACAUUUUGCAUAUACAUGUAAAAAAAGAAACUUCAAAGUAAAAUCUGGGCAUUAUUUCAGCUGGUAAUGUACAAUUUCAUCCACUAAAUAUAUACCAUAAACACCUCUCAAUGCAGAAAAAUCCUCUUAGUCACAAAGAUGCCACAUUUCAUACAAUGUUUGCUACCGUUAGUGUGUGACCGGAGUGCAGAAAUGUCUUUAGACCUUUGGUGUCCAUGUUGAAGGAGGUUUUUAUUAUACAAUGUACUAUUCUUGAUACUCAGUAUAAAUGAAAGUAGGCUAUUAUUACAUGAUUGAAUAAUUUUCUUUUCUUAUCAUGUUAGACUGAUUUUAGCAUCAAAGGAGAGUUAGAGAUUAGCCUGGAGUAUGAGGAACCUGAAGCACUUUUUGUCACAGUUCACAAAGCUUAUAACAUCAAAGCUGGUAACACUCUGAGGAACACUUCUGAUGCCUUUGUCAAGUGUGCAAUAUCUGGCUCAAAUUUCCACCAUGCAACCAAGGUGGGCUAUGUGUGUAGAAUGUGGCCCCUUUUACCCGACGUGUAUAGUGCUAACCUCCCAGGCAGGCUUUUGUAGGGAAACUCGUAUUGUUGUUCUUGGUUGACCAGGCAUUUGUGGGAAGGGACGAAAUAUUAGCUCCCCUAAAAACAUCUGCGUGGAAGGCUAGUAUAGUGCAGGCUUUGACAUACAGCUGUAGGCUCUGGGGGGCUGGGCUGUAGACUGCCUUGCAGGUGCCAAUUAGUUUUUUGGUUACAUAGUAUUUGUUGAGUGGCGCAAGGGAUAUGCAAAUGGGAGAUCGAGGGAGAGGAGACUUCCUUUCCUUUUUUUCCUUGUGACCACUCAUGUUCUCAAAAUAUUUCUCCCAUUGCCCUAAUUUUACUGGGGCAGAGGGGGAGGGUGUGCAAGUCAAAUUCUUUCAGAAUCCAGGGUAUAUGGCAACAGAUCUACACACGGGAAAUACUGAGUACUUGUUAUCUUAAGCUUACAUAAUUUGCACACCUUAUAAGGUAUACAUGUACAAUAUAAUAUUUGGCAGUGGGGAGUUGGGGAGAAAUAAUUAUAUUUGUUUUUCAAUUACACUGUACAUUAAUAUACAUGUGUAUGUGCCAUUAACUUUUUAUGUGAUCAGGAAACAGAAAAGUGUGGCCUGUGUGUUUCCAACUUUAACUGCUGCUCUUUUGUUUUUGUCGGCCUUCACAAGUCGUUCCCAUCACUAACUAUAGCCUAGUAUAUCCGGAGGAAGAUCUUGUCAGUAAACUAUUGACAAUUUACAGUUAUGUUCAGAAUGAAGUCAGUCUUCUUUGUGUCUUUGAUAUUCAGGUUGUAAGUGGAUCACUGGAUCCAGAAUUUGAAGAAACAUUUGAGUUUCAAGUUCCACGGGAAGAAUUUUCCUCUAGGUAUGUACAAAAAUAAAGAUUACUUCUGUGAAUUGUCUUUAGAGGGGACAGUUAGAGACAGGGUUCGUCCAGUCUUGAAUUCUUGAAAAAGUCUUGUUAUUUGCCCAGCAAUUUUCUAGACCUGGAAAAAGUCUGGAAAGUAGAGGUUAAGUCCUGAAAAAUGAUAAAAAGUCUUGAGGGUUUUAUUUUGAAGCUACAGCAAGUGCUUUAGUUGGUUUAGUGUUCCCAUUGCUGUGUUAUGGAUGCACGCAGGAGAUCAAUUAUUUGUUAGUCAGUACAAAAGAAGCUUGUCAAUCUUUAUAGCUAGAGCACGUUCUCAACUUUGCGGAUCAGACCCUAACAAAGUGUCUAAUGCGUGUUACAUGUGAACACACUGUUGUGUUAAGGAUGCACGCCAGGGAUUAUUAGUUGUUAGCUGGCGCAAAGAAAGCUUAUCAAACUUUAUGGAGCACGCUCUCAUCAUUGCUGAUCCUAACAGCGUCUCCAAUGUAUGUCACACUUGAACCUACCUGUAGUAGCACAUGUAAGUGACCUUGCUUUCUGUGAGUCUUACCGAAGCCCGGUGGACCGAUCUCGUAGCAGGUGUUUUGGAGAUCGUAGGUUCCAAUCCUGUUUAAGACUAGAGUAUUUAUUUUUUCAAAGUAGACGUGUUAUUGAGCAACCGGGGGGUACGCUUUUCUUUCCUUAUGUUGUCAUUAAUUUUAUUCAACGUGUUUACCUUGCCAGAGCCAUACUGUUUCACGUGCUCGAUAAAGAAUUAGUUGGAAGCAACAGCUCGUUAGGACAAGUUCACAUACAACUCAAGUAUCUGGACUUAGAUGAGCCUAUAACUAAACGCUAUCCUCUGGCUGAUCUUGUAAGUUCUAGUUCCGUGUCUUACCCUUCUUAAAUUUACCCUUGCGAUACCAUAGCUGAAACAGUAGGAGACAUUAGUUAGCCUGCGAAAGCAUCCGUUUCUCCUCGCUCUUCGCCACUGGGGACGUUUCGUUCCUCCGCGCGAAACGUCCCCAGCGGCGAAAAGCGAGGAGAAACGGAUGUUUUCGCAGGUUAGACAUUAGUGAGUUACCUUACAAGAAUUCUUAUGAAAUUAUAUUUGAGAUCGCUCCAUUGCAGUAAAACCCCGAUAUUAGAGAGCUUUAGAUUCUGAGACGAGGACGACUACGAGUACGAGAUUUUCUCAGUACUGAGUAUUGCUCACGCGUGAGUGAACCAGCGUCAUUUUGGCGGGAAAACGUCAUAGCCGUCGUCAUUCUGCUAAGAGCUUUAGCGAGAAUGUCGUAGUGGCGGGAACAAGUUAUCAAAUGUAUAAAGAAGUUUUAUCAGUUUGUUAUCGGGAGAGCGCUUGACCUCCUUCAGUAUAAAUAACUGUACUAACCUUUUUGGUGAAAAAAGUAAAUUGAAGCUUUCCGGGGUGGUUUUUUAAAAACACGCCCAAAAAACUGAAGUUAAAUCUCGUUCUCGUCCUCAAAUCUAAAGCUCUUUAUUAAGAGCACCCCGGUAUAGUUAACAAUUAUUCCUCGAGCUCGAAUGGGCUCUGAGUCAAUAGGCUAUUGACUCAGAGGCCAUGAGGGCGAGAGGAAUAAUUGUUUAAUAAAAUCCAACUAGUUGGUCAGAAAUAUCGAAAAUAAAAAACUUUUAGCUAGUGAAAGCUAGACUUUAAUCCUUUUUUGCCGCCAAAAAGCCCGCGCUUUUCGCUACUAGUGGGCGCCAACAUAUAGCCUAGUAGUAGCUCAACCAAUCAGAACGCAGCCUUGAUAAUAGACCACUAGUUGGAUUUUACUAAUGAAUGACAUUCUCUAGCCUAGCCCAGUACUCUGAUAUGAAUGUAGUGUAACCCGCUGGAAUCUUGUUCCUGAGGAUCUCUCCCACUCGUUUGCCGAGGGACCAGUAGGAGAGAGAACCCUGGUCAGGAGUUGAGUCCCAUACAUCGCACCAUUUUAUUCUGUCCCUUAGUAUUUCGUUAUGCGGGGGAUUCCCUGUAUUUCUCUUAGCAAAGGAAAUCAUCAUUGGCCCAUUUAGUUUUCGAACAUUACCUUUGUACCAAAUUUCCAGCUUCAACUCGUCCAUACUAUUUGAACUGUAACGACUUUCCGUUUCUUUAUUGAAUGCCCCCGAAGUAAGACGGCAUACCUCUAGUCAACCUUUGAUGUUUUGAAAUUAAGAAAGCCCGGGAAAAAGACUAGAAAAGAAAAUUUCAAAAUUUUAGGCUUCCCUUGCGAUGUGCCCCUACGAUGUUCCCCUCCCCUGCAAUACCCCCUUCCCCUGGGAUGCCCCCUCCCUUGCGAUGCCCCCUUCCCCUGCAAUGCCCCCUCCCCUGCGAUCCCCCUCCCCUGUGACACCCCCCCCCCUGCGAUCCCCCCCCUGUGACACCCCCUCCCCUGCUAUGCCCCCCCCGGCGAUGCCCCCCCUCCCCGGCGAUGCCCCCCCCCCCCGGCGAUGCCCCCCCUCCCCGGCGAUGCCCCCCCCCCGGCGAUGCCCCCAACCAUGAACCCUCUAAGUUCCAUUUAGACUUAAGCGGGGCAAUAGUUGUCCUGGUUUUCCUGGUGUCCUAACGCUUGUUACUUUCCUUUGUUUUUGGUAGAAAAACGAGUCCUCUAAGCGAGCAGAAUGGGCUCAGAAUGCUGUUGCACAGGAAUUCAGAGAAGCAAUGUACGCACAUGCGUUGUACAGACACCCUCUUUUCCUACGUGGGAUUGAAACCAAGGGACGAAAGGUAGGGUGAUAAACGCCUUAUAAUUGACAAAACCUUUAUAUAUUUCGUAUGGUGUAAUACGAUUCCGCGUAACUAUUAGGCAUGCAAAUUGUCGUUUUUAUCAUCAAAACAAUUCACGGAUACUGUGAAUGAAGAGAAUGCAAUCUGUCGGAAACAUUGUUUUUAUAGGUGUGUCCUUCGUGAGUUGAAACAGUGAGACAUCUUGCGUGGCGCCACGCAGCUCUUUACAAGGCCUCACAGUAUUGUUUUGGAGCCGCGUGUUAUAGAGAAACAAUGAAAUUAGAGGUUUUUAAGAGCUGCGCAUUAACUGCUUUUUGCGAGAGGUGUUGAUCUGGGAUUGUCCUACCUUUGGUAGAUCUAACCAUGGCCGUAGUCUAUGCGAAUGCUUACUUUUGAAAUUGUUCAGAAAUGAAGGCCAAUCUUCCUACAUCAGUUUCUUUAGAAACUACCCACUUUGAAGGCCCGACCGAUAAAUCAACGGUCCCUUUGCCCAACAACCAUGGACGUACAUACAUGUGAAGCGCAAGAAAGUUAAAACAGUUUCAUGUGGAACUAAUGCGCCACUUCCUCUUCCAGUAAUCCCUUAAUCAUCCUUAUGUAAUGCCAGAAGGUGUUUGAAAUAGUUCCUUAAGGAACUUACCCGCCAUGCUGUUGUCCCGACUUGUCCCUUGACUAACAUGAAACUAAUGGAAACUUAACUCCCUGCUAUCUCUUAAACACCCUUCCGUCUUUGCCUCGUAGAUGUAUUCAUUGAGCAGUCGAAGCGCUGGCUCCUCUGCUAAAGUGUUCUUGGUCAAUGGUAUACCCGGAUAAUACGUCCUAAUGACGAAAAGAUGCUUUUAUGCUUGGACUCUUCCGCACUUACCAAAGUGACUAAGAAAGAUCCCGUACGUCGCCGCCCUUUUUUUGUUGUCAGUCAUCAACUAUCUAUAAUCAUUUACGUGUACGUAAUCUUCAGCCUACACAUUUACGAGACUGAAGUUGGCCAUUCAACUUCACUGCCUAUUUUUUGUAAAUUGAUAACAUUAUUUUUGUAAAAUAGUCAAGGAGCGCAUGUAUGAAGGUUUUUUACAGGUAGAUGCUCGAGUUUUGCUACGUAUUUUUUGGUUUUCUGUUUGACGAAAUUGGUCUACGAUCUGUAGUAGUUCUUGUAGCACAGCGAAUAGUUUAAGAGAGUACAAGUGAGCCUGCAAUGUUCUUGUCUCUGACCACGUAAGAUAAAAUUCAUUGAGGCUUCUACUUUACUGUAGUCAUUCAAGUGUUCAGGAACAUGUACCGAAAAGAUAAGCACUGGUAAAAUAUGACCGUAAGGUCAGUAUCGUACUUGUAAAAUAGUCGAUUAAUGGAUAUCUACUUCAAAAAUUGACCAAGCCGGAGUGUUUAUCAAAGUUAAUUCUACUGUUUGAUAAUUCAUUAACUUAGUUGAUUUGUGUUGAGGUUUGCAUAAUUAAUUAAUUUACAGUCAGAUAUAAUUAUGUACGUCUACUCUUCAAUAGCAUGAAACAUUACAGGGAAAAUGGAAUGACCGCUUACGUUCUCACAACUACCCAUUUCGUUCUCUUAAUUAGUAGCUUCAAAGCAGAAUGGCACUUCAAGUCAGUGUUAUAGGUAUUAGCAAGUGCCGUCUGUA